AUCACAUUCUUCAUGCUCCUGUCCGCCGUUUGCGUGAUGCUGAACCUGGCGGGAUCCAUCCUGUCUUGCCAGAACGCUCAGCUGGUCAACUCCCUUGAAGAUUGUCAGCUGCUCAAGUUUGACAGCGACGGAGUGUGUGUGUGCUGCGAGCUGCAGCAGCAGAGCGCCAGCUGCAACAACCUGGGAGAGACGCUGAAACUGAAUCCGCUGAGGGACUGCAACACCAUACGCCUGCGCCUCAAGGAGCUGCUGUUCAGCGUAUGUGCCCUCAACGUCAUCUCCACCAUCGUGUGCGCCCUGGCCACUGCCAUGUGCUGCAUGCAGAUGGUGUCGACCGAUGUGCUGCAGAUGUUCAUGCCUCACAGAGCGCGAGCCCUGAAUGCCGACUGCGUGACCCCCCAUGGAACCAUCCUACACCAGACCCUCGACUUUGACGAGUUCAUUCCUCCAAUUCCCCCGCCGCCCUACUACCCGCCUGAGUACACCUGUACCCCCUCAAUGGACGGACAAAGAGGUCUCCACUUGGACUUGCCCCACUCUCCAUUCAGCGCCAUUUACGGGGUGCCCAUCAACAGCCCGGGGACUCUGUACCCAACUGACCUACCGCCCCCGUAUGAGUCUGUGGUGGGACAGACCCCUGCCAGCCAGGUUACCACCAGUAUGGAGCAGCAGGGCACUGAGUCCAGUCUGUGCGAGAGGAACACCACUGCAGAGCUCAGCACUCAGGCCUCGGUGGACAGCGCCUCCCUGAUGGUGUCUGAGGUGGCCGAUCUGCAUGACCGGAGCUGCUCCCUGGAAGACUUGUGCUCCCUGGAGAUCCAGGGCUCGGACUCCUCUCCCUACGGCACGCUCCACACUGCCCCCGCCAAUGGCAGCUGCGCCAGCCUGGAGCUCGGCGUGCAGGGCGCCUCACGCUGCCAACGUGGCCUGACCGCCACGGUGGCCCGCCCCAGCGACACGGGCUUCAGCGAGUCAUCCCACACCCAGGAGUCCCUCACACGCUCCCCGGAUUGGUCGUCGGAGAACGUCAGCAACCUGGACCACGAGGAAUCGACCGAGCUCAGGGCUGCCUCAGCGCACCCCCUUAUUAGAGCGAGAGUGGUGAGCAGGAAGCUCACGCUCCCCGUCACUAUUCCGCCACCACCUCAACCCUGCUCCCCCACCUCUGUGGCCUCCUCCGGGGGGACCUCGGUCCUAAGCCCCCUGGCUCCUUCUCCUUCGCCGUCCCCUCCUGCCAAACCACGGGGCCCCAGGCUGUGUUUCAGUGUUUGGGCACCCUCUUCCACCUCACAACCCCCCUCUACCUCAGCCCGCAGUGCCCACUCGCCGUCAGAGAGACCCCGGGGACUCCGAGCAGCCAGGAGGUACUGCAAGCUGGCACGUAUUGUGCGUUCCACCAGCGACCCUAUCUCCUGCUCCUCUGCGUCAGGAAGUGAGAGUUGUGCCUGCGCCUCAGCGAGUAACCCUCCUGCAGAAGAUUUGGCUCACUCUCCACCAGAGCAAGGUGCAGAUAUCUCAGCAGACGCAGGCACAGCUAAGCUAGCUCAUGGAAGUAGCAGAAAGCAGCAGAAGGACGGCAGAAAAGUUGAUACCCACCUCAAGCACCGGGGCCAGCACUCACACUCCUCCCAGGAGCGGCCUCAUUCCCUGGCUGACUUCAAGACAUAUAAAGACACUAAGAUAUUAGUGGCCAAGUUCCUGGAGCAUUCCAGCUGCAGUUUACCGCCCGAGGUCCAGCAGGUUGUCAACAGCAUCAAGUGUGUCAUCAAGUCGGACGAGAAACACAUGGAGGAGGCCAUAUUCAGUGCCAAUGUCAUCGAUCAGGUGAUGACCCAGUCACAGCGCAUCAUGGGCAGUCCCAGGAAGCGUGGCAACGAGGAUCUCCACCUCCGCAGUUGCGGCGCUUUGAGUUCCUCCCCGUCCCCUUCUCUGAACCGUCCCAAACACCGGCCACAAACAACCAGCACUUCUAUCAACCCGCUGGACUCCCCCUCCUCCGAACACAGCCUCCUGUGUCGAGAGACCGUUCUCUGA